AACACGCUCAUCUCUCUCUCUCUCUCUCUCUCUCUGGUGAGCAGUGGGAUUUCAGCAAAGCUUUGAGCUCUCCACAGUAAUCAAAGCUGCCAUGUUACCCUGUUCACCACACCACCAAAGCACCACAAUUGGGUAUCUCUGUCUCCUCUUACUCUUCUUCUCUGUCUUCUCCACAAUCUCUGCUUGCUCCAAUGGAAACUGCCAGCUUCUAGAAGCUUGUGCUGCCGCCACCGACUGUGGUCCCGGUCUUUACUGUGGCAACUGCCCUGCUGCAGGCAAGACUCAACCUGUCUGCACCAGAGGCCAGGCCAUCGUACCCACUUCGAUUAUUAAUGGCUUGCCUUUCAACAAGUACACAUGGUUGGUGACUCACAACUCGUUCAGCAUCGUCGACGCGCCGCCUUUGCCCGGUGUGCAGAGACUCACAUUUUACAAUCAGGAAGAUACAGUGACUAACCAGUUGAGGAAUGGAGUGAGGGGGUUGAUGUUGGAUAUGUAUGAUUUCGAGGAUGAUAUCUGGCUCUGCCAUUCGUUUAAAGGGCAAUGCUUCAACUUCACUGCAUUUCAACCUGCUAUUAACACUUUGACGGAGGUGGAAGCAUUUUUAAGCCAGAACCCAACAGAGAUUGUGACUAUUAUUAUUGAGGACUAUGUGCAUACUACAAAAGGGCUAACAACAUUGUUUACUAAGGCUGGAUUGGACAAAUAUUGGUUUCCAGUAUCCAAAAUGCCAAGGAAGGGUGAGGACUGGCCUACUGUGACUGAGAUGGUGCAGGAUAAUCACCGGCUUAUUGUUUUCACCUCUGAUGCUACAAAAGAAGCACAGGAGGGAGUAGCUUACCAAUGGAAGUACAUGGUGGAAAAUGAAUCUGGAGAUCCUGGGGUCAGGCCCGGUUCGUGCCCCAAGAGGAAAGAAUCAAAGGCACUGACUUCAAAAAGUGCCUCUCUUUUCUUCCAAAAUCAUUUCUCAACAUAUCCAGUUGAAACCGAAGCAUGCAAAGAGCAUUCAACUUCACUUCAAGCGAUGGUAGGAACCUGUUACAAAGCAGCUGGAGUGAUGCCAAACUUUUUGGCUGUCAACUUUUACAUGCGGAGUGAUGGCGGAGGUGUAUUUGAUGCUGUUGAUAGGAUGAAUGGACCAACACUUUGUGGGUGUAGUACACUCGCUGCCUGCCAGCCUGGAGUACCUUUUGGAUCAUGCAAGAAUGUUUCUGCACCUACUAGAAGUCCAGCAAUCAACAAUGCAGGAAGCUUCUCUGGCUCUGUUCAGUUUGCGAAUUCUGCUUCAAAGCUUUCUUCUACGAAUCAUAUAAUUGCGUUUUUGUUUUUUCUUCCACUGAUGGCUUUUUGGUUAUGACUGCAACAUCUACAUAACUAGGAUAGGCAGUGAGUUACUUCUUGAGGUGUUUCUAUUAUAUUAUAUGAAUACUAAGGUUUAGAGCAGUGGCUGAGUACUCUGCCUAGUUGUGUGGAAAGUGAAGGUUGACUGGUUCUCUGUAUCUAGAGUAAUGAUAUAUCAGUUAAGAUUUUAAAGGAGACGUAUUUGUAUGACUUGCCGAAGAAAUUAUAACUUGUGCAACAAAUUAUGGAGUUGCACCUGAAGACAUAAUACUCAUGAAGCACCAAGAAUUAGUUCAGGUAUGGAUGUGCUUCUUUAUGUAGCUGGUUCUCAAAUAUAUGAAUUUUGGCAACUUACACCCUAUAAUUUUUUUAUUCACCUAUUUAUUAUAAAAGUUUGAUGCAAAUGUUCCAGUUCGUAUCAGAAUCAUCCAUUUCUUUGUUUUUGUAUAUGGUUGAUUGGUCAAAGAGGUCACUUGAAAACUGGUUUCUUUUAUUUUCAUCUUUUGUGCUGGUCGGAUACUUACAGUUCAAUCUGGUCAGUAAUUGGCAUGUCGUUCAAAUGUUUUGAAGCCCUGAAAGUCAUCAGUAACUAUAUCAAGAACAGGACUAUAUAAACCCCUUCAGUAGGAAAGUUUGUGCCAAUAAACCAUAUCCGAUAAUGAAAAUUUUGUUGUAGCUGCAUUGUCUUCACUCUGUUUCCUUUUAUUUGCCUUAUUGUUCAUACUGAUCAAUGUUUUCGUGAUUCAUUUGUGCUUUCAGGUGUUCUGUCAGGAAAUGGAGUAAUGUAGAAUGAAUAGAGGAUUGUACGGCCUAGCAUCUACAGAACUGCUGCUGCUCGUAUUAUCAGUAUUAGGUUUCCCAAGAGUUUGUUGUAUUCACAUUUCAUGUCGGCUUUGGAUUAGGGAUCAUUCAUCGAUUGCAGUCGUAGACAGGAGAUCAAUUUAAGAUUCUGAACUUAAUAUUAUUAUGCAGAUUCAAAUAUCAAUUUAGUUUCUCCACUUAAUGAAGGGUCAUUCAUACUAAACAUUCAGUCUUCGCUGCAAUUUUAUC